GGAAUUUUCGCUAUUUUACUCAUUUUUCGACUAAAUUUUCAAUUUUCCGAUGUCAAAAUUCGGUGGAGCAACUGCAAAAGUCAUAAAAGGCGCGCUAAAAGUCCGACAAACGAGUUUCAGAGCGGCUCUCACACUUACCAACGAAGCCGUCAGCAGAAUACGCGUGUUAUUGGCUCAACAGAAUGAUGCAAAUGCGUUGAAAAUCGGAGUUCGACAAAAAGGCUGUAAUGGGUUAACAUAUACACUGGAAUAUGCAAAGGAUAAGCAGAAAUUUGACGAGGAAGUUGAGCAGGACGGAAUCAAAGUGUGGAUCGAACCAAAAGCUCAGCUCUCGCUACUCGGCUCAGAAAUGGAUUACGUCACCGAUAAGCUAUCGUCGGAAUUCGUUUUCCGAAAUCCUAAUAUUAAAGGAACGUGUGGAUGCGGAGAAUCUUUUAGUAUUUGAUUUGAUGAUGAUUUGCUACGCUAUUUACCAUAAUUUAGUAGUGAUUUCCACGUGUACAUUCUAGAAAAAAUGCUAAUAAAUUUGAAUAUAGUGCA